AUGGCAGCAUUUCUCGCGAGACGGCUUAUUGGUAACAGAUCGAGCCAGAUUCUCGGGACUUCGAGCUCUACCUCCGGCGCGCUCAUUUCCGCUGCUAGGGCUUUCUCUUCCUCCACCACUCCGAUCAAAGCAACUCUCUUCCCUGGCGAUGGGAUCGGUCCCGAAAUCGCUGAAUCUGUCAAACAGGUGUUUACUGCCGCUGAUGUGGCCAUUGAAUGGGACGAGCACUAUGUUGGUACUGAAGUAGACCCUAGAACCAAUAGCUUCUUGACAUGGGAAAGUCUUCAAUCUGUGCUUGAUAACAAGGUUGGCUUGAAAGGACCAAUGGCUACGCCGAUUGGAAAAGGUCACCGCUCGUUGAACCUUACUCUUAGGAAAGAGCUGAAUUUGUAUGCCAAUGUUAGGCCUUGCUACAGUCUUCCUGGUUACAAAACUCGUUAUGAUGACGUUGAUCUCAUCACCAUCCGUGAGAACACUGAAGGAGAAUACAGUGGGCUUGAACACCAGGUUGUGAAGGGUGUGGUGGAGAGUCUUAAAAUUAUUACCCGUAAGGCGAGCAUGAGAGUUGCGGAGUAUGCCUUUCUCUAUGCCAAGACGCAUGGAAGGAAGAAAGUUUCUGCAAUUCACAAAGCCAACAUUAUGCAGAAAACUGAUGGUCUUUUCCUAAAGUGCUGUGAUGAGGUUGCUGCAAAGUAUCCUGAGAUAGAGUACGAGCAGGUUGUUAUUGACAAUUGCUGUAUGAUGCUUGUGAAAAACCCAGCACUUUUCGAUGUCUUGGUGAUGCCAAAUCUCUAUGGAGAUAUUAUCAGUGAUCUGUGUGCUGGAUUGGUUGGAGGGCUAGGAUUGACUCCAAGUUGUAACAUCGGGGAAGAUGGUAUUGCCCUUGCUGAAGCUGUUCACGGCUCUGCACCUGAUAUUGCUGGAAAGAACCUGGCAAACCCGACAGCUUUGCUUCUGAGUGGAGUGAUGAUGUUGAGGCACCUGAAGCUCAACAAACAAGCAGAGCAAAUCCACAGCGCCAUCAUCAACACAAUAGCCGAGGGCAAAUAUAGAACCGCUGAUCUCGGAGGUACCUCAACCACAACAGACUUCACAAAUGCCAUCUGUGAUCACCUCUGA